GCGAAAAAUGCCGUUGGGAGACAGCAUAACCGAGAUCACUUGUUGGAGGGCGAAGCUAUGGAAUGACUUAAAAGCAAAUAACUCGACGGACAAGAUCGAGUUCGUCGGCUCGAUGAACAAUACUCGGAGUUGCGAUACGGAAGACGAGGAGUUUGGUAAACAGCAUCAUGAAGGUCAUACGGGUUAUCUCGCGAUCGAUAUAGCGUACGAUCAUAUCGACGGGUGGCUCAACAACACUAAGCCUGAUAUUGUCACGUUUAUGCUCGGUACAGACGAUAUUGCUCGGGCCCGAUGGUUGGAGGAUGUCGUAGAGGCGUACACAAAUAUGGUGCAAUCGAUGCGGCAGUACAACGAACACGUACAGGUUAUCGUAGGCUCCUCCGUCUUCCAUCUAAAUCAACAGCCAGCAAGUUUGAGACGCAAUGCUAAGAUAAUCUCGAAAUAGGUCAACACCGUGGUUCCGCUACCGGCAAAUAUGAACCCAGUGAAGAGGCUCAACGACAUGAUCCCGGACUGGGCAGUCGAGCAGAACAAGACCGAGUCGCCGAUCUACGUUAACGAUAUAUACCCGUUCCCGAAUACCCUCCUAAGGGACGGCAUAUAUCCCAACGACGAGGGCGAGGACCGUAUUGCCGAUGGGUUGAAUUCAUUUUUGACGUGGAUUAUUAAUUCGAAUUCGACGGAUAAUAUUACUGCGCCUGGUUGAAAAGGGGAAGUACUUAGGGAUGAUAUAACAGAGAGCGUCACAAGUACGGGGGAUUGUGAUAUAAAAAUAAAUACUUCUAGGCACAUAGAGGAUAGAACUACAUACGAGUAUCACGGUCGAUAUAUGCCCA